UCUGAGAAUACGUAUGGGCUUGCGGAUCUGGGCCCAUUUGAAAAACGGGUGAAGGAACGAAACCAUUCAUUCUGAGUAGUUGAGUCUACUUCUCGUUAUCCUCUUCUGCGUCUUCUGUGUCAAACUCAGUCCACAAGAAAUGACAGCUAUAUUAAGCCACCACCACCACCGCCUAUUCUCCACCGCCACGCGCUUAAACUCCGCCACCAGAGACUCACGGCGGCGAGGGAGCGGCGCAAACUCCAUUCGGUGCGUCGACGUGAGCACGGCCACGAAUGAGAAUCGGCGAGUGACAGUGAGUAACAGGAGCGAUUCACUGGAUAUAUGCAGAGUGCUAAACGGGAUGUGGCAGACCAGCGGCGGUUGGGGCCGAAUCGACAGAGACGACGCCGUCGAGGCCAUGCUUCGUUACGCCGACGCCGGCCUAUCUACCUUCGACAUGGCCGAUCACUAUGGACCUGCUGAAGAUCUAUAUGGGAUUUUCAUCAACCGAGUUCGUCGUGAGCGUCCUCCAGAAUUAUUGGAACAGAUCAGAGGUCUCACUAAGUGGGUGCCUCCGCCAGUUAAGAUGACUGCGAGCUAUGUAAAAGACAGCAUCAAUGUUUCAAGGAAGAGGAUGGAUGUAGAAUCCUUGGACAUGCUUCAGUUCCAUUGGUGGGAUUAUUCAAAUCCAGGCUACUUGGAUGCGCUAAAACACCUUACAGACUUGAAAGAAGAAGGUAAAAUCAAGACUGUGGCUCUGACAAAUUUUGAUACAGAGAGGUUACAGAUUAUUCUUGAAAAUGAGAUUCCUGUUGUAAGCAAUCAGGUACAACACUCACUUGUCGAUAUGCGUCCUCAACAAAGAAUGGCAGAGCUUUGUCAACAUACAGGAGUCAAACUUAUAACGUAUGGAACGGUAAUGGGUGGUCUAUUGUCUGAGAAGUUCCUUGACACCAACAUAGCUAUUCCUUUUGCUGGUCCUGCAAUAAACACUCCAUCCCUCCAAAAGUACAAAAGGAUGGUAGAUGCUUGGGGAGGAUGGAAUUUGUUCCAGGGACUACUUCGGACUUUGAAACAAGUAGCUUCUAAACAUGGUGUUUCAAUUGCAACGGUUGCAGUGAAGUAUAUAUUAGAUCAGCCUGCUGUAGCAGGAUCGAUGAUUGGUGUCAGACUUGGCUUGUCAGAACAUAUUCAAGACGCCAAUGCUAUAUUUUCUCUUGCUCUUGAUGAAGACGAUGUGGGCAGCAUAAGAGAAGCCACGGCGAAAGGAAAGGAUCUACUAAGAGUGAUUGGUGAUUGUGGAGAUGAAUACAGACGUGCGUGAGUCAUGUUGUGUUAUCAAACUGGUGAAAUGCUGUGUUUUUUUUUUAUAUAGUACAAGAGCAUGAAAAGGGGGUUGGCGACAGAGGAAAGUGUUCAAGCCCAAUUUUUUGACAGUUGCAUAUCUGUAUGUAAUACUUUGAUGGAUUCCUCCGACUGGUAAAAAGACAAAAUACAUGAAAAGAGAAAGUAAUGAAUUCUCUAAUAUAGUUUAGUCAGAUUUAUGCAAACUUUUUUCACGGGCUAUGUCCAAGUAUGGAAACUUUGGUGUUACGCUUCGCUCUGUUUAAACUGAUUCUGGCAGUGUGUGUGA